AUGAAAAAGAGAAACUCUAAGAUAGAUACCGAAUUGGUUAUGUACACAGAGAAGUUGGCUGAUAUAAUAAUAGCUUGGAUUAACGCAUUACCACCUCAAAAAUUUAACAAAUCCAGAAAGAUCAAAGAAACAUUAGGCAAUAAGCUUGUCGAAGAUAUUUUAGAUCAAGUUAAAUUAGAAAAAAUAGCUCCAGAAACUAGCAUGGAAAGAGACAAAUAUUUGUGCUUUUUUAUUAACAGAUGGCUUCAUAGAUAUGAUUAUUUUGACAAUAUUAACGAGGCAAAACCAUACGUUAAUCUGCUAAUAGAAAAAAUAAAAGAUAUAUCAAUACCAAAUUCUUUAAAAUCUCAAAAAGAUAGUGAUAAAGAGCUGCCAGAAAUUAGAUGUAGCGAAAACGCAUCGGCUCAACAAAGAACUUUAGAAUUCCAUGAGAUGAAUAAGCUUAGCAGUGAAAUCUCGCGUUGGGUAAAUGAACAACCAGUUCAAUAUUUUUUAAAAAACAUAAAGACUGUAACAAAAGAGUUGAACCAAAAAUUUGCGUCACGAUUGCAAGAUCCAAUGAAUACAUCACGAAAACCAAUCACAAAGGAAAUUAAAGGUUGGUUAAAUGAAAUAAUAAGACCAGAGCAUAAGCGAAAUAUACCAGCACUAGCAGAAACGCUUAAAAGUAGGAUUGAUAAUUUAAUUUUUGAUAAAAAUAAUGAUGUUAUUCAUGAACACCAAGGAAGUAACCAAAUAGUAGAUGAAAAUCUCUGUUGUGACGAAAACAUAACAGAUAUAUUCACAGUUAGUCUUGAAAAAACAGCCAAAGGAUUAAUAGCUAAAUUCUUAGAACAUAAAUACGAUUCCGAGAAUUUUAUAGCAAGAGAAGCUUGUGCCCAACUUAUUAAAAGGGAACUUCAAAAAUUAGGUGCUCUUUCCAAGUCAGAUCCAAACAUGUCAACAGACAUAGAAGAACACGAAACUUCUAUUGAAAAAAUGUCAAAAGAAUUGCAAUAUAUUAGGAUUAUAUCUGACUGUUUCAGAAAGCUACCAUUGCAAGAAUCUUUCAGUGAAACAGAAAAUUCGUUUCGAGCUGAACAUGUAAACACACUAGCGAAAAUCAUAAAUGACAUUGAUGAAAACAAACAAAAAUUACCACCUGAGAGAGAUUAUAAUUACCAUCUUACAUUAAAAAUAACAGAAUUCUUUAAAACAGUUCAUAUACCAUCACAAUAUGAAAACAUGAUGCCAGUAUUGGUAAAUGACUUAGUUAACAACAUACUUGCCGUUCAACGGCUUUCUCCCUGUUGCUCAACAAACACCGGUGUUUUUGACCUAACUCUAAGUGAUUAUAUAGAAGCUUAUAUUCGUGAAAAUGAUGAAGAAAUUUUCGACGAUGAUCUCAAGUUGGAGGCUUGUAUUUCGCGACUUUUUAGUGAAAUACAUACGAUGACUAAUAAGAAUACUGCCGCUUGCAGAACAUCGUGUGUUCCUAAUAACAUCGCUAACAGAUAUAUGUCGUGUAAUGAAACGAUAACUCAUUUUACACUUAAGAUGGAAUAUGCUAAUGAGAUAACAAACUGGCUAAACAAUUUACCUUUAUUGCCUCUAAGAAAUAAAGCUUCUCAAAAUCAAUUAGUUUCUAUGGUAAACAGCUUAGCUGAAAAAAUGUCAGAAAGCAACCGACUCACAAACAGAAAUCCUAACACAGAUAUUGAUAGAGAUUUGAUAGAUUAUGUGUCUAAUUGGAUAUGUAAUCUUCCACUGGAUCAAAAUAAGGAAAUCGCUUUUGUUGUUGUGAUACAACAAUUAAUUAAUCGAAUGAAUCGAAUCAGUAACAGAAAUAAAGAACAAAAAUAUAGAAAAAAACAAGAAGUGACGACAUAUAGUAUAGAUAAAAAAACUUCUAGUAACGUUUGUAAAUAUCCAAAUUCUUGUCGUACUAAAGCUAACAUUUCCCUACAAAAUCGUGACCCUGGAACAGUUAUUGUAGAGAUUAUAGAAGAGUGGUGUAAUAAUCUCCCUGUGAAAGCAGAAAAUGAUAAUGCUUCUAAAACGUUGAAACAAAACGUUGCAACUAAAAUUUAUCAAAGAAUGGGAGAGUUGAAUAUGAAUCCCAAAUAUUUUAAUAAUAAUAUAUUGUAUGAGGAAAUGCUGUCUGAAGAAAUCGACUUUCAGCUUAACAACUUACCCCAAAAUAAUAAACUCCAGAAUACAAAGAAAGAAUUAAAGGAAAAUUUGCUGGACAUCAUUAUGGCUCUCAGAAACGAAAUAAGAAACAAAACAACAGGAAUCGAAUAUAAAUAUGAUCUAGAAAAAACAAUCGAAAUGUCAAUGCCUUACCCGGUUCGUUCCAGUAACCAACGUGAAGACAGUCCAGGUUUUAAAAUAUAUAAAGAUCGGUUAGCAACUAUGUUUAUAUUAGAAAAUUUUGAUCACGGAAAUGAUGCUGUUAAGUUGAAUUACGAAAAGAGGAUAAGAACAGAAAUCGAUAAAUAUUUUGACAACGUUCAAGAUAAAAAUUCUGUACCACUUACUAAAGAUCAAAUUUACAAUGAUUUAUAUAGUGCACUUUAUAGCGUUCCAUUUCCAAAUGAAUCGUCCAUGGUUGAUGAAGUUGAAGAAAUCAAGACAAGAUGUGAAAUAGACAAGUGGUUUGAAACUUUACCUUUGAGAGAGGCAACUGGUGUGGGUGAAUUAUUAAAAUGGGAUAAAAUUUUGGCAAUGCUAGCCAAAAGACUUCAUGAAUUUGAAAAAUACGACAAAAAUUGUGAUGAUAAGAUUCAUAAAGAAAUUACUAAAUGGCUAGUCAAACUACCACUCUUACCCCAUCAAACAAAUAAUAUCGACGAUUUCGCAAAUGAUUUACAUAAAAGAUUAAAAUCUUCUCUUUCCGACAGGAAACAUGUGCCGCGAGAUAUAAAUAAAUCACAAAAAUCAGUUAUAGAUCAAAGCAAAAGUAUUUUGAAUACUGAUGAAGUAAAUCUUCCGCCUUCAGAAUCGAUUUACAAUCAAACAUCCACAAUUCAAAAAAAUAAAAAGCCAGCAGACAUAAUUCUCGAUAUUGUAGAAUCUUGGUGUUACCAACUUCCUUUGUCUGCAAAUACGCCACAAGAAAAAGAGGAUGUGAAAAUAAUUAAAGAUAAUCUUAUCGUUAAAAUCAUUAUGAAAAUAAGUGAAAUUAAUACAAACCCUGAAACUUUUAAUGACGACUUCUUAUACAAUACAUUGCUAGAUGUUGAACUCGAAAAUCUAAUGUCAGAAUUACCAGCAUCGUACGAGCUUAAUCACAGUAAAGAUCAUAGAAAAAAUCAAUUAAAAGAAGCUAUUAUAUCCGUAAAACCACUUAUUAUAGAUGAAAAGGCAAUGUAUGCAUAUAAAAUAGAAAUAAAAAAUACGAUAGAUAAAUUUUUAAAAUACUUUACAUUGUUGGAUAGUAAUAAAGAUGAAAGUAUAGAUGUACAUCGUGAUACAUUGCCACAAACGAAUCAAUUACUAUGUGAGUUGUCUAAAAUACCUACACCUAGAGAAAGUUCAAUCCUGGAAGAAAUACAAGAAAUUGAAAUCAAAUUUGAAUUAAUUAAGUUAUUUGAUAAUCUUUCUUUAAGUCAAAAUGAAGACAAUUUAGCUCUUAAAAACCAAAUAAAAGUAUCAUACGUUCCUUAA